UGCUUCCUUUUAACCUAUUAGAUUGGGUGCAGUCCAGGUUCCUGGAACGGGCCUCUCCUCUUUGGUUACUUUAGCCUGUCUGAGAAAUAGUGUGUGCUUCCCACCAGUGGGGAGAGGGAAGGGCAUGCUGCCUUGUCCCACUUGCCGUUUCUGUUUGUUUUCAUGCCAAGAAGCCUAGUCCGGAGACUUGCUUUGGCCCAGAGGAUUCUCCCACAGGAAGCAAGAUAGGGUCUGCCAGCUGGCUUUUCUUUUUAUUUCUUGCCCCGUCCUUGGUAUUUGUUAAACCAGGAUGUGGAAGAGGUCAGACUGAUGUUCUUUGGACUUGGUUAGGAAUCUGUUGACAAGCACCAACCAAGCUUUGCAAGAUGGCCUUUCUCACAAUUCUUAGAAUUCUUUUGUGGGGAAUGGUGCUUUGUAUGGAACAUAGAGGAGUCCAAAUGGCAAAGGCAGGGUGGCCCUCCACUGCCCUUCCUGCAGACGACCCUACAUUGCCCUCGAUUUUGGAUCUGGCCAAAGAAGCCCCCAGCAAGGAGAUGAGGCAGUGGCCCCAAGGAUAUCCCCUGAGGUACAUGCUGAAGUUAUACCAGCGUUCGGCUGACCCACACGGCCAUCCGAGGGAGAACCGCACGAUUGGAGCUAAAAUGGUGAGGCUGAUAAAGCCGUCGAACACUGCAGUCCGGCCUCCCAGAGGUCCCUGGCAUGUACAGAUCCUGGACUUUCCUUUAGCGUCAAACCAGGUAGCAUAUGAACUAAUCAGAGCCACUGUGGUUUACCGCCAUCAACUUCAUCUGGCUCAUUCCCAUCUCUCCUGCCAUGUGGAAACCUGGGUCCCUAAAUGCCAGACCAAGCACUCUCCUUCUUCUAAAUCGGGUUCCUCAAAGCCUCCUUCCAUGUCUAAAUCCUGGACAGAGAUGGAUAUUACACAGUGUAUUCAGCAGAAGCUCUGGAAUCGCAAGGGGCGGAGAGUCCUUCGCCUCCGCUUCAUGUGUCAGCAGCAAAAAGGCAGUGAGACUCUUGAGCUCCGGUGGCAGGACAUGACAUCCUUGGAUGUUGCCUUCUUGCUACUCUAUUUCAAUGACACUGAUGAGAGUAUUCAGGCUAAACUUCUUGCAAGAGGCCAAGAGGAGUUAACUGAUAGGGAAUCUUCUUUUCUCACGCGGAGUGUCCGGCAAGCAUGCAGCACUGCAUCCGAUGUCUCUUGUCCUUCUCGGGAACAUGAUGGGUCUGCAAAUAACCAGUGUUCCCUCCAUCCUUACAAGGUCAGCUUCCACCAACUAGGCUGGGAUCACUGGAUCAUUGCUCCCCGUCUCUAUACCCCAAAUUACUGUAAAGGAAUCUGUACUGGGGUAUUACCCUAUGGUCUCAAUUCACCCAACCAUGCCAUCGUUCAGAGGCUUGUCAACGAACUAGUGAAUCACAGUGUACCUCAGCCUUCCUGUGUCCCUUAUCAUUUUCUUCCCUUGAGUAUCCUUCUGAUUGAGGCAAACGGGAGUAUCUUGUAUAAGGAGUAUGAGGGUAUGAUUGCCCAGUCCUGCACGUGUAGAUAAUAGUGAACUUGUAGCUAUCUCAGAUUGCCCAAGAAACCACACAAGUGUUUAAAGAAGACAUCAGUGUUAAAGCUGGCUGUGAUCUACCCAACCUACAGAUUCUGUUCCUUACCUUUCAAAAUAUAUUGUGCUUAUGCUUAAAAUGCAAGAAAACUUUGAACUCUGUAAACAAAGUGCUGGGAUCCAUCUUAAUAUAUUUAAAAAGUAACUUAAAAUACCAUGAAAUGGUUAUCUUAAGCACUGUUUAAAUAUGGUUUCCCCCCCCCUCCCAUUUUUGAGAUCCUCAGCUUAUAAAAAUGUUUCUGGUGCUGGUAUCCUAGCAUGGAUCAGCAUGACUUAACUAGCCCUCAAUACUUAGACAAGGUGUUUUCUGGAGAUGUGUUAUGUCAGUUUUAUUGUGACUUUGGAAAAAAACCAAAACACUGGUCCAUGGUAGCAGAGCAUGUCUUGGAGGUGACUUCAUUCUGAGCUCACUUGUUUUUUUGUGUCCAGUUGGGCUCUUCUGGGCUUAGGUCUCUGGGAGACAACCUUGCUGUUCGGGAGGAAGUAUAGAGCUUAUUCUUGAAGUAAAUAAUGUUUGUAGGAUGACUUCUUGAGGUUUUUUUCCUGUUUUGUUUUGGUUUUUUUUUUGGGGGGGGGGUUGAGAAUAAGCAAGUGUUCUACCACUGUGCUGUACCCACAGCCCAGUAUGCCUUCUCUAUAAUUCUAUACUAUGUUUAAGUUUGGGGGCAAUAUUUCAAAUAAAUGAUGCUUCAUUGCUAAAGAUCUUGAAUGCUUUGGAGAUUGGGGGAGAGCGAGAAGAAAGAAUUUAUAUCUUUUGUUCUCUAUAGCUGUGAUCCAGAGCUCUACUUUAAUCCCUGAGGGAUGGAGCCAGAGGCCCUCUGAAUUCUGUCUCAGACAGCUCUACUAAUAAGCAGCUCUCACUAAUGUACCAGCUACAGAAGCUCAGCAUGUCUUGGUACCUGCCUAGCUAUUGACUAGUCUUAUCACCAUUUUCCAUGGGCUAGGACCCGAUGUAGGGCAGGGGCAUGUGCUUGCCACUGUUAAUUCCUACCUGCCUUUACAUUUACCAUAAAUUCACUCAGUUAUUCCUUCCUCAACAGUUGACGGUCACUGCACUGAAUAUCUGGGAUCUCCUCCUUAGCAUUGUUUUGCUCACAUAUCUACUUAGAAAUCAGUUCAGGCUUUACUGUUUCUCUCUUCCUUAUUCUCAUGGCAACCCAGUUUCAUGUCACUGUCUCUCCUCCCUUCUCAUAACACAGCAUGGUUUCCCAUAGAGUUACUGUCUUUACUGAGAAAAGGUGGAGCUCCCUUUGAAGGUUUUACUUGUCUCAUGAUUGUAUUCUGAAUAACCAGAAAUGAUAACCUGGGAAGCACUGUGAUGAAUACAAAAAGUUGAUUUCUUUUUUUUGUGUGUGUGUGAGACAUGGAAUAUCCCACUAUUAAUAUAUUUGUAUGCUUAUUUAUUUUCUUAAAGAAUAAAUGUAACAUGUGUGCUUUGCAUAUAAAGUAUUGUGAUUUCAAAACUGUACAAAUUAUAAAUGAUGAUGAAAGCU